ACGACCACGGACUUCCCCACGCUCAAGCAGUUGCAGGAUUUUAUUCAGACUCGCGCGCGAGCCUUGGAGGCCGCCAGCUCUAAAACGGUCGUCCCGGCCGCAACCCCUGCGGGUAAAUCAUCGGAGCGUAAGGCAAAGGUAAACGCGCUCGCGACGACGGUUUCCGACCAGUCCAAGCGCGGCAGACAUUGCUCACUGUGCCAAGGUAACCACACUUACAAUUAUUGCUCGCGAUUCAAGGAGCUUUCCGUGCAUCAGCGCCGGGAACAAGUCAAGAAGAUGGCCGCGUGUUUUAAUUGCCUCAAUCCGAAGCACAACGAAUCCAACUGCCCUUCUGGUAAUCGAUGCUCGCGUUGCGGUGAAAAGCAUCACUCAUUGCUUCAUCUUCCAGACGACCCUCCUUCGGCAAACAAGACUCCUGCCGGGAGGUCGGAUGUCGGCGCGACCCCCGGAGCGAGUGCAUCGGCAGGAGCGGUCGCCUCCAACGUUGUGGCUCUCACCAGUGCGUUCGGGGGGAAUGUGCUGCUCUCAACGGCUCGGCUGCUUUGCUCCGGAUCAGAUGGCGGCGAGUUGGGCGUCCGAGCGCUUCUGGAUUCAGGAUCAGAGGUCUCGUUUGUGACCGAGCGAGUCGCCCAGCGCCUCCGCCUGGCCAGGAGGCGCGUACGAGUACCGGUGACCGGUAUCCGGGGAGCUGACUCCGGUAUCGCUACCCACGCUGUUGCACUCGACAUCGGAUCACCGCGCGAUCGCGACACGCGCCUGCACCUGCCGUCGGCACUAGUCCUGCCGCGACUCACAUCGUCUCUUCCAACGCGCCCUGUGGCUCGUGUCGAGUGGCCGCACCUGCACGGCCUGACGCUCGCCGAUCCGGACUUCGACAGGCCGGCCCCGGUAGACGUCAUUCUUGGAGCUGGGGCUUACGGGUGUCUGCUACGAGAGGGUCUCAUACGAGGUCCAAACGGUACGCCCGCUGCACAGAACACCGCGCUGGGAUGGGUCCUGUUGGGGGCGACGACCACAGGCCCGACUGACUCUGACCAACGCGCCUCUGCAUUACAUGCGUCCGGUUCUUGGUCUGAGCUAGAUCAAGCUCUGCAGCGCUUUUGGCGGCUCGAAGACUUGCCCGCCGAGCCCACCUUGGCGCCAGAGGAUCGCAUUUGCGAGGAGCAGUUUGCGAAUACGCACUCGCGUGACGAGCGUGGUCGGUACACGGUGCGAUUGCCUAGACGCGCGGACACCGACGUCCGCCUAGCGUGCAACCGACGAGAGGCGCUUGUAAUGCUGACCGGCCUGGAGCGGCGUCUAAUGCGCAACCCAACGCUCCGGCAGCAGUACACCGCCUUCAUGGCCGAGUACCUGGAACUCGGCCACAUGGCAGCUGUUCCGAUCGAGGAGGUGCAACGCGCGAACAGCUAUUACCUGCCGCACCAUGCGGUCUUCAAGAGCGAAGGAACGUCCAAGAAGAUACGCGUUGUCUUCAACGCAUCUCAUCGCACCGCUACCGGUCAUUCUCUCAACGAUCUGCUCCUCCCCGGGGUGAAGCUGCAGUCCGACCUCUGGGCGAUUCUCUCGCGGUGGCGAUUGUAUAAGUACGCCUUUACGACGGACAUCGUAAAGAUGUUCCGCCAGAUCACGGUGCAUCACGACGAUCUCGACUCCAGCGCAUCCUGUGGCGACCGGACCCCGCUCGGGAG